AUGGCGGAGCCGGAGUCUAUCUCAGCUGUAGCGGUUGUGGUCGAUUGUUCUCUCGCAAUCUCGCACGAGUGGUAUUACAUCCUUAAUCAAUACCUCCCAAGCAUUAUCCAGCGCAUACACGGAACCACCCAGGGGGCAAGCCAGCAAUGCCGGUUAGCCCUAAUCACAUACAGCACCGCUAGCAACCGCCCGAGCCCUAUUGUCAGCAAGUUAUUCUUCCAGCCACUUCGGCUUGCUCUCGGUGUGAUUAGAGAUGACCCAGAUAGGCUCGGGCUGGGCUCCGUAGCUUCAUGCGGCCGGGGAGCAGCUGUUCUAGAGGCUAUGGUUGCUGCGACUGAAAUGUUCGAUGCCUUAAGCAUAUCAUUAGCGUCUACUAAGGAGCGCAAGCCUCUCCUACCUCAAUCCGUCAACCAGUCGCCACCCAAACGCAAUGUCCCAACAGUUACAGCACGGCACAUCAUUCAUAUCGCAGAUUUACCUCCAGAUGGUGCGAAACGACCAUUGCGCAAUACGUUUCCUAGCUUGGACAAUACGACUUGGGACACUUUACCUGAAGAGUUGCGGAAGAGAGACAUCAAUUGGAGCAUGAUAAUGCUUCAGCAAUCAUCUACACGUCUCGCGGAACUACAUUCAAAGGUGGAAGCUAAAGAUAUAGUUACCCCCUGGUUUCCUACGUCGAACAAGCAUUCCCUUCUACUGGUUGGCUUCCCUCAGAAAGCUACUAAGCGUCCUGGAGAUCCUCCGACUACACCAGAACCUAAAAGAGUGAAAAUAAAAGACUCGUCUGGGACCCACUCUUCCCCCAACAACGCAAGUGCAAGUCCGUCCAAAGCAACGCUCGCGCCGUCUCCCGUGGUGCCCAAGGUCAGCUCAUCACCUGUACUUCCGCCUGAACCUCCGGCGCCUACAUCGCCAGCACCCCGACCGCAGCUGCCUGCGUCCAAUAUAACACCGUCACAGCCACCCCCACAACCUCAACCGCGCUCUACCGGUCCACAGAGACUGCCGCCUCUCGAACAAGUUGAGGCAGGGAUAAAGGCUAUGGAACGCGAAAUAAUGGUGUUGAGGUCUAAGUUGCCUGAAUUAGAGGGGAAAGGUGCUCCGGAAGUCCAAGCGGUGAAGAUGCGUUUGCAGCAGAGCAUGGUCCGGUAUACGCAGCUUCGGGGCAUGCAGAAGGUCCUGAAGGAGCGGCAAGCCCCGGGACAGGGAGGAGGUAGUAUGAAUGCUGACCCUAGUGCGGGCUCGCAAACUGCGUCACCGUUUACAAUGGCACAGAGCAAUGCCCCGCCUCCCGACGGACAAUCAAAUCAUGACGCAGCGCCCUCUGGACUCCCCAUGGGUGCUCACCUUAUGCACGGUGCGCAGGGGGCGCAUAUGGCGAACGCGAAUCUGCAACAAGCUCAGAAUCCCGCGAGUCAAAUGCCCGGGAUGCCUCCUACCAACGAUCCCAAUCUGCAAAUGCAGAUGCAGAAACUUCUUCAUCAGCGCAACAAUAGUGGGCAGCAGAAUGCUAUGGCGACACCGCAGCCCGCGGCGAACCAAGGUCAGGAUCCUCCAGGUCCUCGCAACGCACGCCUACAGUGGUUCGGACGCAUUGUUUGGGAGUUACCUACGCUAGGCGAGGUUUCCGCCGAUAUUAAUGUCCUAUCUCCAGGGAAUCUGUGA